AUGGGCAAUCUGCCCGCUGAGAGAGUUACUCCCGACUACCCAUUUUACACGACUGGAACUGACUUUGCCGGGCCAUUCUUAAUUACCGAUCGUAAAGGCCGAGGAUGCAGGAUAACGAAAGCAUAUCUUUGCAUUUUCAUUUGCUUCCGAUACAAAUGCAUUCAUCUUGAAGCAGUCAGUCAGCUGUCUAAAGACGCUUUUACCUUGUGCCUCCAAAGGUUUGUAUCCCGUCGCGGCAAACCUAAACAAAUCUUUUGCGACAAUGGUAGGAAUUUUGUUGCUACUGCAAGGGAAAUUAACGAUUUCUUAAAACUUAAUACGGAUGACAUUAUUGAUUUUGCAGCCAAUAAAGGCAUUGAAUUUCGCUUCUCUCCAGCAUACGCUCCUAACUUCGGUGGGCUGUGGGAAGCCGGUGUUAAAGCCGCCAAGUAUCACUUGAAUAGGGUCCUAGGCAAUGCCCAUUUAACGUUCGAGGAACUAUCAUCCCUAUUCAGUCAGAUCGAGGCCAUCCUAAACAGCCGUCCCCUUUGUCCUUUGAGCUCAUCACCCCAAGAUUUCGCUCCUCUCACCCCGGGACACUUUUUGAUAGGUAGGCCACUCACUGCAUUACCGUCGCCGUGCUUACUAGACUCCAACACAAAUCGGCUCGACAGAUUCCAGCGACUUGAACAGAUUCGACAACAUUUUUGGAAGCGCUGGAGCUCAGAAUACGUCCCCGAAUUGCAGCAGCGUACAAAGUGGAAGCUCAGAUGCAAGGACCUUAAACCAAAUGACCUUGUUCUGCUGAAGGAGGAUCUCACACCGCCACUCAACUGGCGCCUCGGCAGGGUCGAAAGAAUCUUCCCAGGCACUGAUGGCAUCCCUCGAGUCGCUGACAUUUCCACAGUUCGAGGCACCGUUCGUCGGGCCAUCAACCGCAUCUGUCUACUCUCGUCCCCAGAUGACGCAGAGUCUUGAAAGCUUCAGGAGCUUUCAAGGGCGGGGAGAAUGUUCACGCGAAACGGAACGGUUAACAUGAUUACCGGACGAGUAGAGCUACGUCACGGACCAAGUGUCAAAAUAACUCCACAUCAUCGUAUAUCUGUCAAUACCUACUCAUAUCUCUACAACGGAACUUUGCGUGUCAUACACAUUUUGUAUUUUUUUAUAAUUUUAAUUAAAUAUCUACAAGUUUAAA